AUGCCCGGCAGUGGCCCCGACUAUGCCGUGGGCGCAGCCCUGACGCUGCUGGUAGAUGUGCUGUGGACAAGCUCAAACUAUCUGGCUAAUACUGUCCUCACGCAUGGCUACGAUAAGCCGUUUGCUGUGACAUAUUUGAGCACGGCGUCUUUUAUUACUGGUCUGCAGCGCCCCUCCAUGCCUGCACGGCCUUCUUCUAUCGAUGGACGGAGACGAAAAACAGACUUGGCUAUCUUGGUUGAUGCACCAGAGUCCUCACACCGCUCGUUGGACGACGUUAUUGCGCGUGGACGCAGCCGCGACUCGUCUUCGCAUCGCGGGGAAGAACAGCACUUGUGUGCGAGCUCCGUCCACAGCCGCUCCAUGUAUGGUUCUGACUCGGAAAGUGAAGGAUAUGAUGUAUCUAAUGUGGAAAUUGUAUCUGCGUCGGAACUUCCGCCGCUCUCUAUCAUCGAAACAGCUAUUCUCUCCAUGGAAUUCGCCAUCAUUUGGUUUGUGGCCAACUGGACGUUUGUGGCAGCUCUUGCGUAUACCAGUGUAGCUAGUGGAACAACACUAGGCAGCACGAGUGGCUUCUUUACGCUCAUUCUUGGCAGCAUGUUUGGCGUCGAAGCAUUCUCGAUGGGCAAACUUAUCUCUGUCUUUACUAGCUUUACGGGCGUGGCGUUGGUCGCAUGGGCCGAUCACGAUGCACCACACUCUAAAAUGGCCCUUUCCAACCCUAUCCUGGGCGAUUUCCUAGCGCUGGUUUCCGCCAUGUGCUAUGCUGGGUACGUGACGCUGCUGAAGGUACGCAUCGGAUCUGAGGAUCGCAUUUCCAUGCCACUGUUUCUCGGGUUCGUGGGCGCGUUCAAUCUCCUUGCAUUUUGGCCCAUCGGUCUCCUCUUGCACUGGCUUGGUAUAGAGCUUCUAUCGCUUCCACAGGACCGUUUAAUGUGGUCCGGCGUGCUUGUGAAUAUGGCCAUCACCGUGGUAUCCGACUUUGCCUACCUGCUUGCCAUGCUCAAGUCAUCACCGCUGUUUACUACCAUUGGCUUAUCUCUUACCAUCCCCAUGGCCGUCUUUGGCGAUGCUGCCAUGGAUCCCACCUCCCUGACAAUCCAAAGCGCGGCUGGCAGUAUCUUGGUUUUGCUAAGUUUUGCGGGCAUUGCAUGGGAAGAAAACAGGUCUAGCCCCGAGCAAGAAUACGAUGCUUUUGUGUAA